CACGUCCAAUGUAAGGGGAACUAGCAGUUCAUUGCUUUUUUCUUGGAAAACUAUAUGACAUAGCCUGCAUUUAGUAGUAAGAUACUACUGGUUUGACUAGAUGUAAAGACAGUGUAGAUUAUUCUAUCAAUAUAAUUUCCUGGAACAUCUCUGCAUUGAUUAAAAAAGAAAUCACCUUGUAUGAUCGAAACUCAAAGUGUAAUUAAAUUAAAUAGUAGAUCAGAUGUAAAAAAUUAACUUCAAAGAGAGACAUUCGAAAUGAUGCUUUCUCCUCAACGAAUACGGAUAAGUACGAGCCAUCUGAAAACACUUAAAUCAAGCUGUCCAUACGUCUCUGGGUCCAUUUUAAAAUUCAACAUCUAUUCACUCAUUUAAAUACACAAUAGAGAAGAAAGCAAAACUUUCUGUUAGUAGUCUUUUGGUUGAUUUAUACUGACUUCUACAAUAUAUCUACAAAAGCGUGAUCAAAAAAGAAGACAUGAAACCUCGCUUCCUCACUACCACUGAUUUUGCUUUAAAUUGUACAGAGCUGAGGAUCUUUAAAGGCAGUUGCUCUGCGUCCCGCUGCCUGCUUUCGCCCAGUUGUCUCCUGAAUAUGGCGUGUGGGGGCUGCUCUCUUUAUAUUUGGAGACUCCAAAAGAAUUGCGGCCCGCUUUCAUGUGCCGCCACGGACCAAUAAAACACAGCGAGACUGCCCGUGAGUUGUCUAAUCUCGGGCGAGGUGUCAAUCAUGUUCCUUCGGUGGUUGAAGUGCGGGUUUUGGUAACCGCCUCCUCUCCACUUGGAAGGGAGACGGGAGGAAGAGCUUCGCGCGGAUCAAAGACAGUGUAGCCCUGUCGCCGUAGGAUGUACUGAGAACGCUGCCUGGCUUACUUACGGACGAUUAUAAAAUCUGGAUUACAACAAAUCUGAUGGUUUUCCAUUGUAACCCGAUGCAGAGAAAUGGGUAAACUUCAUUCGAAACAUGCUGCAAUUUGUAAACCAAGGGAGAGCCCGGAAGGUGACAGUUUCGUAGUUAAUGCCUGUUUAGCAAGAAAAGGAAUCGAUGAUUGGAUCGUUAAACAGAAGUACUAUUGCACGGGCUCAAGACUUGAACAAGACUGUCACCAUAAAAGUACCUGCGGGCUGUCUGGUCGGGAUCCCCUGGAUGCAGCCUGUGGCGAAGGGAUCAGCGAUGAACACUACCGCUUAGAAGUGGCCUUGCCUCCUGAGAAGCAGGAUAGCUGCUGCGUGCAGGGCAAGAUGCAGGUGAGGGAGCUGCAGCCACCUGCCGGCACUCAGAAACAGCUCCAGUUUGAAGAGCUGGAGUGUGCUGUGUCUGUGGAGGAAGAUAACAGGCAGGAGUGGACAUUCACCCUUUAUGACUUUGACAACAACGGCAAGGUCACCAGAGAGGACAUCACCAGCCUCCUGCACACCAUCUACGAGGUGGUGGACGCCUCCGUCAACCAUUCCCCCCGCAACAGCAAGACGCUCCGGGUCAAGCUUUCAGUCGCGCCCGACUCCACUCAGAGGUGGAGGAACUGCACGCAAGGCACCACAGACACUCCCCACCCUAGACAGAAGAUAGACAAGUGCAUUGAAGAACCCAAAAGUACAGACAAGAAGUCCCGUGCCCUUCUUAGGCGUCACCAUAGCGACCAUCACAACCAACAGGGUUGUCAGCGCCACUGUGUGGACGAGAACCUGGAACGGCGGAACCACUACCUGGACUUGGCCGGGAUCGAGAACUACACGUCUCGCUUCGGAACAGGUCCGACGACGGCGACGGAGCCAGCCAAGCCCGAGCCAGCGCCGGCACCAGCGGCGACGCGAGCCACAAACCAGACGCGGUCGCGCUCCCACGAGCCGGAGAACGGCCACGCCCACCCGCACCACCGCCGCUCCCAGGCAGCCGUGGAGGGCGCGCUUCCAGGCGACGGCCUCUGCUCCCGGCCCCCGCGGGCCCAGGACUCGGGCAAGCAUGCGCUGCGCUCCCCCAAGACCCACGGCCGGAUGCCCCCAGCCCAGCCCUCCUCCGGCAGGGUGAUGAGGAGCCGGGGGGCCCCGCCACCGGCGGCGCAGCCCAGCCAGACGACGCCGCACCAGUCCUCGGGCCCCUACCGCCGGCACAAGCAGAGGGCCAAGGACGGGCAUUCACAGCAGCAUCAGCAUCAGCAUCAGCAGCUCCAGCAACAGCCGGCCCCACAGUACCGGCCCCUGGGGUCUCUUGGAGCCCCGGGAGCCCCGACAGCCCCGGGAGGCCCGGGCCCCGUGGUGGAGAGGGAGCAAGUGCGGGACCUGCCCAGCGUGGUGCUCUACGAGGGCGGCCUGGCCCAGGUGGUGCAGAGGCACGAGCACCACCACCACCACGAACACCACCACCACUACCACCACUUCUACCAGUCCUGAGCUGCUCAGAGCUUCCACUCCGCACACGCCUGAGGAGGACUUCUCCCUCAAGACCCCCCCCACCCCCACCCCCCAGCUCAUCCACCUCUCAGGACUGAGAAUGAACCUAUGAGAGCCCUGCCUCUGUGUGUGUUAUGGGGAUGGAGGACUGAAGGAAAGCAGCACACAGGCCCAGUGUCUGGAUGUUGGGGGUUUUAUUUGGGGGUGAGAUUGGCCAAGCACCACAGACUCUGGGGUGCUACAGAUUAAGAUUGUUGGUCUUCAGUCGUGCCAGGAGCAAACGCCAGCAGAGACUCACGAGACGAGUGAGACGGUGCUGAGAAGUGGUGAAGGUGCUGUUCCUGAGAACACUCCUUUUUUUCCCAACCCUGUGUGAAGCCAUGCCCUUAGCAGAGGCCAAUGGAGAUACCCUCUGCAAAAGAACUCGGGAGCGGACAAAUUAUUAUGAAGGAAAAAUCUAUGAAGAUUAAUGAAAUUGAAUGUGUGUGCUGAUGUGUGUGUGUGUGCGUGCGUGUGUGUGUAUGUGGUAAGUGAGAGUUGUGGAGUGAGAAAUCCUGUUUGUAAACCCACUAAGCUAUAUGCUGUGGCGCCCCUGUCACCACUGAAGACCACUUGAAAAGCACUUCCACGGUGCAAUCGCAUUGGAGACACUUUAGUUGUCAAGAGCUAGUUGAUGGACAGGACAUCAUUCACUCGCACAUGCAAUACAGGACAUGUCUUUGAGGGAAAAGAAAGGAAAUCGCUGAGUUCCGUAAGUCAUAAUAGGAGAUCCUAAUCAGCUGCUACCUCUAGUAUUAUUGUAAUUGUUGGUAUUAAAUGUAUUGUUACUAUCCA